UUGCGUUCAUGUUGUGUAGAGAACCUCGUGUGGCGCUGUCAGAGUGAAGACGGAAACUCUCUCUGAUCCGAAAAUGUGGCUGUUUUUAGUAAUAUAAAGUUCAGUGUCCACAUUAUCAUGCCCUGUGGAGUUUCAUCAUCUCGCUUCCUGAUCCUGUACGGGUCGCAGAAAGGUCAAGCUCAGUCCAUAGCCGAGCAGCUCUCCGAUCAGGCCGCCGAGCAUGGCUUUGAAGCAGAGAUCAGCUGCCUGAGCAAAGCGGACAAGUACAACUUGGAGAAGGAACACAACCCUGUGGUUUUUGUCGUUUCCACGACGGGAGAUGGUGAACCUCCAGACACAGCGGUGAAGUUUGUGAGGAGGAUCAAGACGAAGUCUCUGCCCCGUGAUCACUUCUCUCAUCUGCACUAUGCACUGUUAGCUUUGGGGGACACCAAUUAUACAUAUUUCUGCAACUGUGGAAAAACCAUUGACAGCCGUCUACAGGAACUUGGUGCAAAUCAUUUCUAUGCAACUGGUCUUGCUGACGACGGUACAGGGCUGGAAGUAGUGGUGGACCCAUGGAUCGAUGGACUUUGGGACGCUCUAAAGAAGAUAUUUGCCAAAAUGUCUGCCUCUGAUCUCGUUAGUGACCUUUCUCUGAGCAACGGUCAUCAAUCAGUGGCCGUCCAGGAGAAAUUUGAGUCGUUGACGCAAAGCCUUGAGCUGCUGGAUAUCAGCGACGUGGAUGCAGGAAAAUCCAAAACGGAAUCUGAAACUGAGACCCAGGAUGCAGAAACUCCUUUGGAGGCAUCUUUGAAUCGAUCCAUAGCUCCACUCUCUCGGUCUUCACUCAGCAUCCCUGCACUUCCAUCAUCUUACCUAGAGGUGUGUUUGGGAGAUGCGCCUAAUGGAGAGGAGGAACUUCACGUUGUUGCACAAGGCUUUCACGAAGUGCCAAUUUCGAGGGCACUCUGUUUAACUCGAGAUGAUGCGGUGAAAUCUGCCAUCUUGCUGGAGCUCGAUAUCAAGGAUGAGAAUAUUACUUACCAGCCGGGCGAUGCGUUUGAUCUCCUCUGUCCAAACAGAGACACGGAAGUGGAGGAUUUGCUUCACAGACUGGGGCUGUAUGACAAAAAGAAUCAUUCUGUUCACCUGCAGCUGCACAAAGACACCAAAAAGAAGGGAGCACGAGUUCCUCCGUACAUCCCAGAAAACUGUACUCUACAGUAUCUUCUAACUUGGUGCUUGGAGAUAAGGAGUAUACCCAAAAAGGCUUUUUUGCGAUCUCUGGCAGACUGCACGCAGGAAGUUCAGGAGAAGAGACGACUGCAGGAGUUGUGUAGUCGUGAGGGAGCUGCAGAUUAUGACAAAUUCGUGAGAAACCCCAACGUGUGUAUAUUGGACCUUCUGCGUGCUUUUCCAUCCUGCACGCCUCCUCUCAGCCUCCUCAUUGAACAUUUACCGAAGCUGCAGCCAAGAGCAUACUCAGCCGCGAGCUCGAGUCUGCGCCAUCCUGGAAAGGUCCAUAUCGUGUUCAGCAUUGUGGCGUUUCCAGCAUGUGCUGAGCAUCCAGAGAGGACAGGAUUGUGUACAGGAUGGCUAGCAGAUUGCGUGUCUACCAUCAUCGAGCCCUAUGGGACAAAACAGGCUUCACAAGAGAGUGUAGAUUAUUCAACCUUGCCCAAGGUCCACGUCAGUCCUCGUCUCAACAACACCUUCCACUUGCCCUCUGACCCCACGGUUCCAAUGGUGAUGGUAGGGCCAGGGUCAGGUGUUGCACCCUUCAUCGGCUUCCUUCAGCAAAGGGAAAAGGAGCGAGAAAGAAAUCAGGACAGUGCUUUCGGUGAGACUUGGCUCUUCUUCGGCUGCAGACAUAAAGACAGAGACUUCAUCUUCAGAGAGGAGUUGGAGAAGUAUGUGGAGAACGGGACACUGAGCCAUUUGAAAGUGUGUUUCUCUCGAGCUGAGCUGGACAAAAAUGGUUUAGAGCCCAAACCCAAAUAUGUCCAGCAUGCUCUACUCCUUCAUGCCAAGCACGUCGCCCGCAUUCUGCUCAAAGAAAACGGCUGUCUCUACGUCUGUGGAGAUGCUAAGAACAUGGCAAAAGAUGUGAACGAUAGUCUGAUGGAGAUCAUAGGGGAGGAGCUGCAGGUGGAUAAACUGGACUCUAUGAAGACUAUAGCGAAACUGCGAGAGGAAAAACGAUACCUGCAGGAUAUCUGGAGCUAAAGAGAGAAAUUCACAAGCUUCGGAGUUUGACAAAUCUCAUUGUGUUUGCCUAUGGUUGAUUUUUAAUUUCAAAGGAUUUUAACUGCAUUGUCCCAUCAACCACAAUGGACUACACAUGUGCCAAUACUGAAUUUUUUUUGUAUCAUGACAACUGCCUAACACAUUGACAUGGUUUAGGAGGUCAUAUUGAUGCUUUAAGACAUGCAGGGUCUUUUUAACUUUUAAAAAUAAAGAGAAAACAUUGAAUUAGAA